UGGCCCAUGCGUGUGUUCCUCAACUCAACACACUCCUUUAUAAUUGCAGCGUCGACAAAAACCCUAACUCCUAACCUUUUUUUCUUCCUUUCACCUCUUCAGCAGUCGUUACAGAGACUCCAUAACCCGAAAAUGCCUUUCAAGAGGUACGUUGAGAUUGGAAGGGUUGCUCAGAUCAACUAUGGCAAAGAGUAUGGGAGGCUCGUGGUUAUUGUCGAUGUCAUUGACCAGAAUAGGGCUCUUGUUGAUGCUCCUGACAUGGUGAGGUCCCAAGUGAACUUCAAGAGGCUAUCACUCACUGACAUCAAGAUCGAUAUUAAGAGGAUCCCCAAGAAGAAGGAUCUCAUUCAAGCCAUGGAGGCUGCUGAUGUUAAGAACAGAUGGGAGAAGAGUUCUUGGGGCAGAAAACUGAUUGUGCAGAAGAGGAGGGCAUCCCUUAAUGACUUUGAUAGGUUCAAGAUAAUGUUGGCCAAGAUCAAGAGGGCAGCUGUUGUUAGGCAAGAGCUUGCUAAGCUGAAGAAAAGUGCAUCAUAGGCAUUAUAUCAUGUGCAAUUUUCAAAUUUUGUUAUGAAUUUCAUUCAGUUAGUACUUUUUGGUUGCUAUGAGUUUUUAUGUAUCAAUGAGGGACAUCCUAGAAAUGUUUAUUUUUAAAUCAUUUGUGUUAGUGAAUUAUCGCCAGUUCUCCCAAUAUCAUUGUUACAAUAUCAGGUGUCCGCAUUGGCUUUUGCUUGCAAAUGUUUCAAUAUUUUGGUUUUUGAGAUGUUAUUAAAAUCUUAAGCUACAAAAUGCAAAUAUGUGAGCAGGGACUGCUUUUUAAUCUUCCU